CAGGCCCAUAUGCUGAAAUGUUGGCCAAUGAAAUUGGUUUCACAGUUCGAAACCAUGCCCCACUAAAUGUGGAAAAAUGGAAGAAGAUUCCGAAAAUUGACGUGGAUAAGUUGGUUAAAAGAAUAACGAACAAGUUUGACAUUGACAUGUCUCUCCUUUGGGUCGAGAGAUAUGUAAUUACAACAUGUCAGACUGUAUUUUGUAAUUUUCGUUAUAAGUUGAAGAAACAUUUUGAGAAAUUUUCAACAAUCGAGGAAGCAAUUGAAAACAAACACGAUGAUGUCAAGACUCAGGAAGAAUGGGAGUUUCUCUGUGCUCGUUUUUCUAGUGAAAAGUUUCAGAUUCGUUCAGAGAAGAAUGCUAUAAAUAGGUCAAAGCUGACACAUCACCACAAAGCUGGGUCAAAGUCAUUUAUGUCUCACCAAGAGCAAAUUGCAACACAGACUGGAGAGAUGCAAGGUGCAAUUGAUCGCUUUGAAACAGAGUACAAAAGCACUAAAAAAGGUUGGGACUUGGGAGCAAAAGCAAAGUGGGAUGAAAUGAUUAAGAUGCGAACUGAGACAACUCAACCUGAUGGAACUCGGACAAUGACAGAUGAUGAAAUUUGUGCAAAAGUCCUCGGAGUCAAAUCAGGCUACAUCAAGGGUUGUGGUUUUGGCCCUAGACCUCCACCAUCAAGAGUCUCUCAUUCGUCGAUAAAUGAAAUGUCUGAAAAGAACAAAGAGUUGCAAGAACAGCUUCAAGAGACCCAACACCUUGUAGGGACUCAACAACAAAAGAUUGAUGCACAAAAUGAGGUGAUCCAAAGAUUGGAGGAGCAAGCCAAAAAGUUUGAGGAGUUCAUGGCUAACUUUUCUAGGCAACAUCCAUCAAGUUAGUAUCUUUAUUAGAGAACUUAA